AUGCUGAGCCAAGCCACAGGAUGGCUGGGAUUUUUCGCAAUCCUGGCUACUACGGGGGCCAACUGGGAAGCAGACCCCCUUUGUCCUGCCAGGUACAAGAUCAACUGCCUACUUCACCAGCGAAUGGGCUGCGGACCAGAUGGAGCACCAAGCUGUGGCUCUUGUUUCCCCGGUCAUGAAGAGGAUUCCAAUGGAAACUGUGUGCCGAAAAAAGGCUCUAAGCAUGAAAGCAAACUCAAAACUCAGAAGAGACCUAAAGAUUUGCCGGGUCUUUUGCGUUACCUUUUGGCUAAGCAUGAAAAGACAUUGCAGCCGUCCACGAUGGAGGCCACCGUACCUGGCAUUACUGAGGUAUUUGAACCAUCCAGCUCUCAGACUGACUUCCCGACUUCUCAGCCAACAAGUGUUUCCUAUUCUGGGAACACUUCUCCAGUUUCCUCUCAGUCGUAUGAAAUCACUCCCAUUUCAGCCACCACACCACCAAGGAGAGUGAGAGUGGACUUCAAGCAGAGGUCGCGUCCUCCAGUUACUAGCAUGAAUAAAGCUGUGACUCUUACUCUUGUGGUCAUGUGCACAGUGACAGGAGUCUCUGGAUUGGUGGUUGCAGCCAUUUGCUGGUACAGGCUUCAGAAAGAAGUACGCUUGGCUCAAAAGAUGGCAUACACAGCUACUCGGGGGAACCAGUACCGAUAUCAUCAACCCAGUGCAUAUAUGGAUUCCAGGCUAGCACAGUCUUGCCAAGUCCACCACUAUCAGCAUCGGAAGAAACUUCUUACUAGUGAGGAGAGACAAUCUCCCAAAACAAUGGAGCAGAACCCUACAGAAUCAGAGAGUGAAAGUGGAGACUACACUGUAUAUGAAUGUCCUGGAUUGGCCCCGAGUGGAGAAAUGGAGAUCCACAACCCUCUCUUCGACACGUCCACCCUCCACCGAUGCCCCCCCUAAUUACCCUCCUGUUUUUCUUCCUUCAUCUUAU